CUUCUUCUCUCAGACAAGACCUUUUCAGAGCCCCAAGUGAUGAAUGGUGAGCCAGGUGCUUUUGCAGAAGUAGGCUGCUAUUUGUCGGUGUAAACUUUGGCUCGCUGGGUGCCUUGGGUUCGCGCCAACAUUUUGGUUGGUGAGGUUUUCGCAACCUAUAAAACAUAAAAACAUAUAGAAGACUGCAAAAGGCUGAUGGAUAACGGAAUUACGCCGCAACCUCUGAAAAGCAUCGUACCGGCAGCACAAAAUAACAUAAAUGUCAAGUGCAUAAUCCUAGACAAAGGGAGAGUAUCUGUGGAAGGGGAGAAUAAGGCGUGCCUUGCUUUGGUGGCUGACGAGACAGCGUCAGUGCACUUUCAGUUCUGGGGCGAUGAGUGCGAUGCUUUCGAGCCAGGGGACAUCAUUCUAUUGACUAGUGGUAUAUUUUCCUACAGUCGGAACAAUCUGGUCUUGAGGGCUGGUAAAAGAGGGAGAGUGGUGAAGGUCGGGGAAUUUACGUUGGCUUUUGUGGAGACCCCCAAUAUGAGUGAAAUUAAAUGGAUGCCCGAUCCCUCUGAUCCUAAGAAGUAUGUGCAACAGACUGUGAUAUCCUCAUAUUCCCGUAUCUUUGCGCCGCCACAAUGAAACUUUUGAUUGCUUGUUGAUUGUAUAG